AUGUCAGAAGAAAAAGAAAACAAAAUACACAUACAGCAACAAGAAGAUGCCGAGGUACAGGGAGAACAAGAACCUGCUGAGGUUGAAAUUCCUACGCAAGAGACAACUCUAGCACAGAAGCAAGAUGCUGAGCAGAAAAAAAACUCAGUCAACUCAGCACAGGAUGAAGCACAAGCCGAGCAAUACACAGAGCAACGCAACAAGAAAAUAGAAAUCAAACUCAAAAAUAAGAACAAGAAGAGAGUGCAGAAAAAAAGCAGCUCAUACACAAAGGUAAAUGAAGCAGAAAAAGCACUAAACGGAGAGGAGAAAAGCGACCAGUAUGAUAUGGAGUUAUCUUCUCAUACGCUAGAAAUACCUGAGGAUUAUAAGGACCUGCGAGAUAUCUACCACGACAAGUUAGCUGAUCAAUCCAUCAUUGAACUAAGAAAUAUAGCCCUUAAAAUUGGUUUGCAAUAUGAAGAUAUUUCAUCUCUCAAGAAGCAGGAGCUCAUUUUUAGGAUAUUGAAUAUUUUUAUUCAGUGGGGAGCGUUGGCUCAUGCAAGAGGGACGCUUGAAAUCAUGUCUGACUCAUAUGGUUUUCUUCGGUCACCACAUAACUCCUAUCUACCUGGACCUGGGGAUAUCUAUGUGGGUUCUACACAUAUUAAGAGACUCAACCUCAAAACAGGUGACACGGUAGAGGGUAUUAUACGCCCUCCGCGUGACGGUGAGCGUUUCUUUGCGCUUAGUAAGGUAGAGAAGGUCAAUUUUGAUUCUAAAGAAAACUCCCAAACAAGAAUUCCAUUUGACAGUCUUACUCCACUGUAUCCUGAAUCUCGAUUAGAGCUUGAAACCCCAAGCAAACCAGAUGUAUCUACCCGAAUAAUUAAUUUAUUCUGCCCCAUAGGCAAGGGUCAGCGCGGCUUGAUAGUGGCGCCACCACGUACAGGAAAAACUGUGCUCCUACAGAAAGUAGCAAAUGCUAUUACAACGAAGCAUCCUGAGGUAUAUCUUAUAGUACUGCUUAUUGAUGAAAGACCAGAAGAAGUUACAGAUAUGCAAAGAAAUGUACAAGCAGAAGUAAUAUCAUCAACAUUUGACGAGCAAGCUACGCGUCAUGUACAGGUUGCUGAAAUGGUUAUAGAAAAAGCAAAAAGACUCAUAGAACAUAAAAGAGAUGUGGUGAUACUUCUCGAUUCUAUCACGCGUUUAGCAAGGGCGUAUAAUCAAACAAUACCGGCAUCAGGUAAGGUUUUGUCUGGUGGGGUGGAUUCAAAUGCAUUGCAUAAACCUAAGCGAUUUUUUGGAGCCGCCCGCAAUAUAGAAGGUGGGGGCAGUCUUACCAUAGUAGCUACAGCAUUGAUCGAGACUGGCAGUAGAAUGGACGAGGUAAUCUUUGAAGAAUUUAAAGGUACAGGAAAUAUGGAAAUUUACUUGGAUAAGAGAUUAUCUGAGCGCCGAAUAUUCCCCGCUAUAAAUUGCAAUAGAUCGGGAACAAGAAGAGAGGAUCUGCUCCUCACCACUGAAGAGCUUCAGAAAAUGUGGGUGCUAAGAAAAGUAAUCAAUGGCAUGGAUGAUAUAGAAGCAACAGAGCUACUUGUAAAUCGGAUGUCCAAAACCAAAACAAACGCUGAUUUUCUUCUUUCUAUGAACGCUGCUAAUAACACAAACAAUACAGAUACAAAUUAA